CAAGAAUUUCGAGAUAAUGGAUGGGAUAAUCUCUUCAAGGAAGUGAAUCUUUUUUGUGAAAAUCAAAAGAUUCCAUUAUCUAAUAUGGAAGAACAUGUGAAAGUUCGUGGUCGUAGUAGGCGAAAUGGAGAGACAAUUUCGAAUUUGAUCCACUUUCGUGGGGGAAUAUUUUGUGAGGUUCUUGAUAAGAUGAUUUCAGAGAUGAGCAAUCGUUUUCCUGAAGCAAGUACGGAGUUGUUGAGUUGUAUUGCAUGUCUUGAUCCAAGAAACUCUUUUUGUCAUUUUGACAUUGACAAAUUACUCCGCAUGGCUGAACUUUAUCCGGAGGACUUUUCAUGUACUGAUCGUGUUUUACUCAAGCAACAACUUCAGACUUAUAUUCAUACCGUCCGGGAUCAUGAUCAAUUUUCUACGGUUGAUGAUUUAGGAUGUCUUGCCAAGCAAAUGGUUCAAACUGGAAUGAACAAGGUUUUUUCAUUGGUAUACCAUCUUAUUGAGUUAGCUUUGGUUUUACCGGUUGCAACUGCUUCAGUAGAAAGAGUCUUCU